CUAUUUCAUGUCAAAAUGGCUGCCCUGAAGACAAGAUAACAGCCAAGUACUCAGCCAGCUAACCACACAUCCACAGCCCGUCUCUCUAAAUUCCAACACUUUCCGACAGCACGUAAACGCAGCAGAGCCGUUUAAGUGCCACAGACAGGUUCACGAGCUAACUGUAGCUAUGUUCAGGAGUAAGUCUGCCUGGUUUUCAGGCAGUGUGUCACAGGCAUGUCAAAACUUUUGGAUAUCAGAGGGUGGGAUCAUUGCUUGCUGGAGAAAAGCAGAUUACCUUUUCAGUGAGGAUGCCACAUGUCCUGACACUCUGAGGAUAUUUGAGAGCAAAGAUUAUCUCUGGAACAGGGUGGUGGUUUUUCACUGCUUGUUUCUGUCCACCUGUGAGAAGCGCCAGAGCGUAAAGUCUGUGAGCAUUGGUCAUUAUGUGCUGCCUCCAGCCUCGGUGCAGGACGAAGUGAGAAACGUGGUUGGGAGGUUUAUUUGGGAGUGUGAAGAUGAGCAGUCAGUAGCACAGGCUUCCCCCGAGAGUUUCAGGUGCCAGACAGAAGAUGAGCGCAGUGAAGGAGAAAUCAGCCGAAAGUACUCUAAACCAUCUGACACAAACUCAUCAGAAAGUAAAGAACCUCUGUGUGGUCCUUUGUGGGACUAUCCAACGAGUAACAUGCUUACAGGAUACAUCAGCAUGGACAACCUGCAGAAAUAUUCAGGUGAUCUGCGUGAUUUCCAUCCCAGGUGUUUCCAUUGCGUCAACUGUGAAGCCCAUUGCUGCUUGCCACAAACAUAAGCAAACAUACAAGUAACAUCUUGUCAUAUGCCAUUGAUUGAUUUCAACAAAUGUGUUGUUUUGUUCGUUAUGUUUUCACUGCCUACCUGAACUUAAUGUAUGUAGUGCAGUUAAAUACACUGAAAUAGAAUAAAAUAAACCUAACAUGGCUAAUGCAUAUCUCAUUUUGCG